AUGUACACACCUCGUCACAUAAGUGAGCCCCGCGGGACGAGUCUGUCAUUUUUGGGCGAACAACGGCAGCGCCAGAUCCCAGAGGGGAUCGAGGGCCAUCCCGCCGCUCUGAUUGCCACCCCCGGGUCUCCAAGAGAAGUUCCCCUGUUAUCACGGGUGAAGUCUAUUCUGCUCUAUCACAUUACAUACCAUAUGGCUGUGCAGUGCUUGUAUAGUCAGGACCGCAAACGUGCCGCCAGCAGGGAUCGGUUUCACCGAGCAGCCUGUGAUGAGAAAGAUAAACAGGAGAACUUGCGAACACGCUCUUUGAGGGCAGCAUCACGGUGUCACCGCAGACACCCUACUCCUCCUGCCCAGGCGGCAGCCAGCGCUGGGCCGGCCGGAGGAGCGGGCACCAAGCUCUCAUCACCCCGAAUAACAUCAGCUUCUUCUGACUUGCUGCAGGAAGCUCUAUUGCUUGCAGCUGAAAAUGGAGCAACAGGUGUUGAGCUGGAUCUUGAAUUUACUGCAGAUGGUGUUCCCAUUCUAAUGCAUGAUGAAACAGUAGACAGGACAACGGAUGGGUCUGGAAGAUUGUGUGACUUGACUUUUGAUGAAAUUAGGAGGCUUAAUCCAUCUGCAAAACAUUGGCUAGGGAACAAAUUCCAGGGUGAAAAGGUACCGACCCUGAGAGAAGCUGUUGUGGAGUCUAUGCAUCACAAUCUUAUAAUCUACUUCGAUGUCAAAGGCCACGCAAAUCAGGCAGUUGACGCCCUAAAACAACUCUACCUGGAAUUUCCGCGUUUGUAUAACAGCAGCAUAGUCUGUUCUUUCAUGCCAGAUGUUGUUUAUAAGAUGAGACAAGCUGACAGAAAUGUUGUAACAGCACUAACACACAGGCCUUGGCACCUGAGUCAUUUUGGAGAUGGGACACCCCGUUUCAAUUCCUCCUGGAAACAUUAUCUGUACAUGACGAUGGAUGUCAUUCUAGAUUGGAGCCUGCACAAUUUCUUGUGGCGAUUGUGUGGGGUUUCAGCUUUCCUCAUACAGAAAAAUUUUGUUUCUCAGGAGUAUGUGAGGCACUGGUCUUCAAAAGGAAUUCAGGUGGUUGCCUGGACAGUGAACACAUUUGCCGAAAAAAGCUAUUACGAAACCGUUCUUGAAUCCAGCUACAUCACCGACAGCUUAGUGGAAGACUGUGAUCCUCAUUACUAGACCUGUGCUUUGUAGACACCACCGACCCAAAUAAGCUGUCUUAGUCGGACAGGUCUGAAUUCACCAU